AAAAAGCAACCCAAGUUCUCACAGAAACACUGUCUUCAUCUCCUACUAGGGUUUAGGGUUUUUGGUUUUCUUACAAUUCGCUUCGAUUAUUCACUGCCGAAGAAUCCUCUCUCUCUCUCUCUCUCUCUCUCCAAUCGCCAUGGACUUUUCACAGAUGGAUUCUCCUGACAUGGAGCAAUUCUUAUCUCAAGGACAGCAAAUGGCAAUGGUUAAUGAAAUGUUGGCAAAACUGACAAGCACAUGCUGGGACAAAUGCAUCACUGGCACACCUGGGAGUAAGCUCAGUUCUGGUGAAGCUACUUGUCUUUCAAACUGUGCAAAGCGUUACAUUGAGAUGAGCAUGCUUAUCAUGGAAAGGUUUAAGAGUAUGCAGUGAAGAUAGAAGGUUAUCAAUGUGAUUUCCAUUUAGACAUGGCCUGAUGUAAAUUACACUUUGCCUAAUCAUUAACCUUAGUAUCUUGUUUAAGAAUCUUGAGAAUUAAUUUUUAUCUUCUCAAAUAUUUAUCUGCUUUUUGGCA